CUGAUAACUUAUCAUUAUUGCCCUCUGCUUUUGCGACUGUAGAUUGAGGCACUAGAGUUUAGACAGUUUGUAGAUGUAAAUCUGGAUGUCUGGCACGUGACAUAUUCUGUUUUGUCAACGACAAGCUGGGCAACAGAUUUAGGAUAAAAUGCUUUCUUUUAGCCAGGUAGAAGCAUUUUAGGCACGGCUGACGUUGGAAGGCUACUUUGCGACUGUUGGCUCAAAACAGGGGAACACAAAUACAGUACUGUCUGCAUAUAUAUGGACUUGGGAGUUUGUAUGUAUUUUCUAGAGAAACAGCAAUGACAGAGUAUAGUGUGUGGAAUGGGCGCAAGCUUGAGGUGGGAGAUCCUGACUCUCUGCCAACUCUUCCAGUGAGCUCUGAGUCAUAUGAGCUUUAUGAAAAUGUGAAACACAAUGGUUCAUCAAGAUCAUCAUCGUUGCAAGCUGAGAUGGAGGAGUUACGAAUCCUGCUGCUCGGUCGAAGAGGAGGAGGAAAGAGCUCUACAGGCAACACUAUUCUGGGCUUCCAUGCCUUCAACACGGAUAUGCAGUUGACCCGGGUCACGCAGUUCUGUGAGAAGAUGGUUGGGAACAUUGAUGGGAAACCUGUGGCUGUAAUCGACACACCUGGGCUGAACAAGACCAAACGCAUGGAGAAGGACGUGAUCCGAGAAAUCCUGAAAUCUGUCUCCCUGUACAAGCCAGGACCCCAUGUGUUUCUCCUGGUCCUACCUGUGGGGAACCUCACCAAUGAGGACAAGGACAUGCACAAGAUGAUCGAGAACAUAUUUGGGAAAAGUAUCUGGAUGUACACUAUCGUCAUCUUUACGCAUGGGGACCGCCUGGAAGGGAAGAUGCCAAAUGAUGUCAUUGCUAGCUCCGAUAAGGAUUUGCGGGAUUUUAUCCGCAAGUGCAAUGGUGGAUUUUGGUUCUUCAACAACAAGAACACAGAGAACCGUGAGCAGGUGACAAAACUUCUGGAGAAGAUCGAAACUUUAGUGGCCAUUAACGGCAGGAGCUGCUACACCUCGGCUCUGUAUCCGUCCUCCGAGAAGAAGAUACGAGAAAGACAAGAGAAGAUCCUGGAAGAAAGACAAGAAGACAUUCUGAGGAAAGAAAGAGAGCUGGCAGAGAAUUAUGAGGAUGAGGAAGAGCUGGAGAAAAAAAAGAGAGAGCUGUGGAGGGAGGAAGAAGAGACUGCGAGGAGGCUAGCAGAGAAUCAACAAAAACACAAAGUAAACCUGUGAGACGACUCAUCUAUGGUCUGAAAAGAUGUGUAGCUGUCAAAGCCUGAAUUACUGAGAAAAGGACAUUUUCCACAAGAUGGAAGAAAAUCUGCAAAUCAAACAAAGAAGCUGCUGGUGUUCCAAGAAGAACUGACUGACCACCCCAUCACUGAACCCCUGAGUGUGUUUGGAAUAAUUGGAUAUCGACAAGUUGAUAAUGCAACCAACAAAUAAGACUGAAAUUUAGAGUUGUGAAAAAAA